CUUUCCUUUAAAGACGCAGGCCGAAGCCCCGCCCACUACGGAAGGUGAAAGGGUCUCACGGCGGAGCCCGUUUGCGGGCUCCUUCUGCCAAACCUUACCAAUCGGCGGCCCGGAACAGGCCAUCAGACGUAUUGAUAAGUUGUUCAUUACGUUCACGAAGAGGUGUCUGUGAGUCAGCAGAGAUUCAAGAUUCUGCAUCGUCCUAAAUAAACCCUUAGGGUGACACCUGCUUUUGGAGCUGGCACUGUGAGAUCCAUGGGGAACGGGGUCAACUAAGAUAACUUUGACGUUUCCUGUGCACGGACCUGCAAUGUUCACAGUGAGCUUUUCUCCCUGCUUUUUAGGAUGGCUGCCCUUUUGCUAAAGAGGUUAACAUUACGAACUAUAAAAACGGAAAAUACUUGCAUUAGAAGAUGUUUGGGUAAAUACGUCGUACAAAAGACGGCUCUGGCGGAGCCAUCCCACAUUGCCUCUGCCCCAAGACGGUCCUGCCUCAUUCACGCAAAAGCUUUUAGUACUGAAGACACCCAGGACAAGAGAGAAAAGAAAAAAAAGAAUGAAACAGCUUUUCGUAACGUUGGAAGAAAAAUUAACGAGCGCAUCAUUCAGGUGCUGGACGAGAAGGGCAACGACCUGGGCCCCAUGCACCGAGCGAACGUGAUCAGGCUCAUGGCCGAGCAGGACCUGCGGCUGGUGCCGAGGGACCCCGGCGCCGAGCCCCCGCGGUACCAGCUCAUGACGGGCACGCAGAUCUACCAGGAGCGGCUCCGGCGCAGAGGGAUGGAGAGGGCCGAGCCCAAGCCUGGACCCACCCUGACAAAGGAACUGACUUUUUCUUCAAAUAUUGGACAACAUGAUUUGGACACAAAGAGUAAACAGAUUCAGCAGUGGAUCGAGAAAAAGUACAAAGUUCAAAUUACAAUAAAGAAAGGGAAGAAUACAGAAGAGCCAGAAAACAAAAUGGAGGAGAUAUGUAAUCAAAUACUCCAGACUAUGCCUGGAAUAGCUACCUUCUCAUCCAGGCCACAGCCCAUCAGAGGGGGAAAGGCUGUGACGUGUGUGCUUCGUCCCUUGAGCCAAAAGGAAGAGAACGCGUGCAGAUCAGCUCAGGGGACCCCGAGAGGAGACGCUCUGAACAGAGAAAAUGGAAACCACGGAGCAUCCAACGCUCUGCACCAGUGAUUUUAAUAAAAACGUGCUUCUGAGAGAAAAUAACUGAGUGGCUGGUCUGCGGUCCUUCAAACAGAGCAGUCUGGUGUGUAGCUGGGGCCAGCGUCGCCACGGCGGAGGGCACCUGGCCUUUAGUGCAGUUCAGAAGGCAGUUCAGUCUCCCCGUUUCUGGGCAAAGACACACCCUGGUCCUGUGUCCUUUUAGGAGGAAUGUACCCGCUCAGCCGAGAGGCCAGACUCCGUUUUUCAUGGGACGGUCUCACCUUUGGGAAUAAGGAAGACAGAUUACAGGCAGGCCUCUACAUCUGCGGGUCAACCAACAGCUGAUCAAAAAUAUUUUAGAAAAAGAAAAAUCCAGAAAGUUCCAAAAAGCAAAAUUUGAAUUUACCGUGUGCUGACAACAAUUUACAUAGCAUUUUCAUUGUAUUAGGUAUGGUAAGUAACAUGAUUUAAGGUAUAUGGAGCACGUGCGGAGGUUAUAUGCAAAUACAGCUGACCCUUGAACUUGGGGGGGGUUAGGCACGUGCACACCUGCGCAGUCAAAAAUCCUCAUAUAACUUUACUUGGGCAUCUGCGGAUUUUGGUAUCCUGGGGGUUCCUGGAACCAAUUCCCCAUGGAUACCAAGGGACAACUGUAACUCGAAUUCAAAAUCAAAAACUACUGGAAUCGUGUACCUAUCAGGUAUACAACUACUGCAGUAUAUACAACAACAGAAAUACUGUCGUAAAGAAAGAAAGUGAAAUCCACACAAUUGCUUUGUAUAGUAGUACAGCCUCACACAGUAAUAAGUAGUUGAAAAUAUGCUAAACAGAUUGUAUCUAGUUUAAGCAAUUCAUGUUUUAAAAUUAACAGCUUGCUAAGUCUCAACUUACUUUGAGCUUCAUUUUCUUCUUGUCAGGGUCAUGCACAACGGCAUGCCUGCUGAGGCUCUGCUACAAUGAAGGAAAAAGAAAAAGUUUUAUUCGUAAAAUACUGCCACUUGGUAUUUGGUGUCUGCUAAUAUGAAAACCCCAUGAGUCAUUUAAAUAAACGGACAGCCUUCUUUCUGUUA